GGACCGAAUGUAACACUUGUGUCACUCCGUGCUGUACACGAGGCUGACGGUGGUUUCACCGGCUGGUGAACGCCGGGUGAACGGGAGCUACGGGGGCAUUUCAACUGGGAAGAGGAGGGAGAAAUGGAGAAUCUCUCCAGCGUAUCGCCUCUCUCUGCGUUCCCUGUGCUAUGAUAGUAAAGCCGCUGAAAACACUAGGGAGCCCGGCGGGGUCUAACACGGUGGUGCUGAACUAUUUCAGGUGGGUGAAAUGCCGUUGAAGAUAAGUGAGGAGGUUGCGGCCUAGCGGAAAGUGGAUGAGGUACAGCGAUGAAGGCCUUCAGCAAGAGAAGCCCAAGUCUUAAGCCUUAGAGGAGCUGAAGGAGAAGUCGCCUUGUCCCAUGAAGAUGGCAGCACAGUCCCACACUGCCAGUGAGCUGCCUUUGGAGGAGCUGCUGGCUCUGUACGGUUAUACAGUGUCAGAUCCAGAGGUGGAGAGCUGUCGCAUGGCCACCAGCCUGCCAGACAUGCCACUGGACAAGGAUCAGAUAACAAAGGAUCUGUUUCAUGGGGACAAGGAAGAAGAAUCAUCAGCUGAUGAUCUCACCCCCUCAGUCACCUCAGACACCUCAGAUCUGCUCCACCGUCUCCCAGGUGGAGACAAAGACAGAUUAGUUAGCUCAUCAGAGGACGAUUCUGACGAUGAUACUAUUCCUACCGACAAAGAACACAAGGAGAUCAUGGUCGGCUCUAUGUACCAGGCAAAAAUCCCCCUACUCAGUCCAUAUACGUACCAGGAGAGAGCCUAUAGCAGUGAGGACCAGCUGCUUUGGAGGCCAGGUGUUUUGCCAGUGCAGGAAGUAGAGGAAUUCUUGUUGAAAGCACAUAGACCACGUGGUCAGGAGGGGACAGCAUGCACACAUACACAAGGGUACACUAUUCAAGACAAUGAACAGGCAUUGUAUGAACUAGUGAAAUGCAGCUUCAAUGCAGAAGAAGCACUGAGACGAUUACGCUUCAACGUAAAAGUGUUCAGUGAUGAGCUGUGUGCCUGGAGUGAGGAGGAGUGUAGAAACUUUGAGCAUGGCUAUCGAGUUUACGGGAAAAACUUCCACCUCAUUCAGGCAAAUAAGGUCCGAACGCGUUCUGUGGGUGAGUGUGUGGAAUUUUAUUACAUGUGGAAGAAAUCUGACCGGCACGAGUACUUUACCCAGCAGACCACCAGGCUCAGCCGCAAGAAGUACAGCCUACAGUCAGGAAGCGUGGAGGAUGGAGACCAGGAUGGGGAGGUCAGGGAGCUGGAGCAAAGCAACAGUUCCUUAGGCUUGUUGUCUGAGUACAUAGAGUCUCCAGUACCUCCACAGUCGAGCUUGGACCUGGACAAACAAGAUUGUGAGCUGGUGAUGGGGCUGUCAGAGCUAUACAGUGACGGAUGUCCUCAGCAGCUGUUUGGUUGUCCCUUCUCUUUGGCGCCCAUGAAUGUUCUGCAGGAUCCUGGCUCGGACAGUUGUUGUCCCUCAGCUCCGGUCCAUCCCCAGGCCCAGCCCUCUGCCCAGAGCUCCCAGUGGCCCAGCAGGAGCCCUCCGUCCAGCCAUGAUGAUAACCGCCUCCCAUCUACCUGCUUCUACCAGAUACACAUGCGUGGUCAACCUUUUGUUUCAGAAGGCCCUGACUGUGUUGCAGCAGGUGAUGGGACUGGUGCUCCCCAUGGGCUGCAGGUGGAGCUCAGCCCGCCGUCUACCUCACCUCCAUCAUCUGUUGUCCUCCCAUCACACUUCCAGGCAUUUGGCAACCUGCUGCACCCCUCUCCCAUCCAACAUCCCUACUCUCUCACGCAAUGACGGGUCAUGAGCAAGUUAUAUUAAGUGGUACUCUUUGUGGUUUUUCCUGUGUCAAAUUCAAUUAAGUGUAAAUCACUGUUUCCAGGUAUUAUUAACAGUUUAUUACCACAGCUUGCACCAGGGCAAUGCUGUUGAAUGGCUGUCAUGAAUACAUACUUGCUAAAGCAAAGGCAGGUGAGGAGUGCUACAGUGUCCAUGCAAACAAACCAGAAUCAAGUGGCUAGCAGUCCAUUUUUUCUAAAACAGUUCAUUGUGACAGCAUGAACAACUGUUGCCUUGUGUUCUUAUUUACCAAGAUGGAGAUGUUUGAAUGCUGCUGAGAUUUUUUUCCCAACUUCUUCCAAAAAUAGCCAAUCAGAGGCAUAUUGCUUAGCACUUUCGCCACAGCAGCUGUUUGAGAUCUGUUUCUGAACAGUGCCACAGUGACGUGAUAACUGGAUGUCUGGACAGAGUGGAAUCUGUCCAUUCAAACAGUAUAGAAUAGCUCAUUUGACAUGUCCUCUGCUGAGUCUCUCUCUUUUCAGCUUUCCAUAUAUCUGUGCUUCUCUGAACCUCUAGCCCGAUUCCAUCUGUCUGUAAGCUUUUGGGAAUUUAGUUUGAAUAUGAAGACCUGAAACUAAAGAGGAUUUUAUAAGGGUUAUUUGAACAUGGAGCAGCAUAGGAGCAAUAAGGAGCACAAUAGUGUCGCUGUUUUUGUUUUUUGUUUUUUUUGUUGUUUUUUUUUAGUUUUCAUCCUUGUUCUUCACUGAGGCUUUAGAUAGAGGUUUAUAAAGGUGCAGUGCUUUCUCAUCAUUUCUGAUCUCCAUUUCUAUCACGGUGGAUAUUUAGUACCGUGAAGAGCCUGUUUGACAUGCAGAAAAGGCUUCAAAUAACAAUUUGUAAAUGUAAAAUGAACUUGCUAAGAUAUGACCCUACAACUUUGAUGAUCUCUGAGUAAUCAGUGACUGAACUUCAAUGGACAACAAGAAUCAAGCACUGUCACUCAGGACAGUUGUCAUAUGUUCAUACAGUUAUGAAAGUGAUUACAUUAUUAGGGGUUUCUUGGAUAAAGACACCUCCAAAGACCAUAUUGGUCUAGGUAAAAUGUAUGUAAUGACAGAUGUUGGGGUCCAAAUAUCAUCCCACUCCCUGUAUUCAGUCAGAUGCAGGGGCCUACUCUAAGAACCAGUUGUGCCAGAAUAAUGUGGUGAUUAAUAGGUGGAGCAAGGCUUUUGUUCCAGAUGUGAGAGUAUUCUGGUUUUUAUUCAGAUAACUCAACCUCUUGCAACAGACCCCACAUAGCUGCUUUGCUUUUUGAGAACCACAGUUAAAUGAAAAGGACCUUUUUGCAAACCACGUAACGUCCAAUCUGCGAUGACUGUACCAGGGAUGGUGAAAUAACACUGAAAAAUGUCAUGUGCAUUUACACUUCUAAUAUUUAUUAUUUAUAGUCCACAUCUUUUAUUAAGCAUUGUGUAACAAAUCCUCUGUUCACAUGCUGUCAAGCUGUCAAAUGAAUUUUGAGAGUGACAAACUUUUAUAUUCUCACUGCACUUUCACUUUCUGACAGUAUUUCACUUAUUUUCAAAACCACAUGAGAUUCAGAUAAUUUACUAGGGGCUCUAAGGUGGCAGUCACUAUAAAGAGUUUCAUAAAUUUUUAGUCAUUUCCCAACUUAAUGAAUUAGUGUAUUAAUUCAUAUAUACAUAUAUAUGUGGUAUUUCCUUCUGCAUGUUGGUAUAUUUCAGUCACACUGUCUUUAAAGAUGUAAAGGAAAAGGUACAGGAAAGGAGAGGACUGUGUUGGUUGUUGCUGUCUUUCCCCAUGUUCUUCCGUCCAGCUGUCCUUUUAUUUAUUCUUUAUUUUGUCUAUAAACAUGUAAGCCUUUCCUGUGGUCACUGUUUAAAGCCAAGCCAGUCUCAGAUCAAUGUUUUUGUUUUUUAAUUGUUUACAUUAGUGGAGAUUCAGGAAAAGACCAUGAAGGCAGGAAAAGAAGAAGAAUCACUGCCUCUUGUUAAUUCUUUAUCUUUACUUUUAUUU